AUGGCUUUAUUCAUCCUCUUCAUCCUGACGUCCUUGUGUAUCGCUGGCCGAGAGGCCCUCAACCUUUCUGACUGCGGUGCUUAUGCCAGAAGACCCGAAUACACUGACAUCGCUGUGGUGUGUGGAACAUCGGCCAUUGAUCUGGCUAUUCAAAUCUGCCCAGUUAUAUACGCCGGAUACAAUGCAAGUUUACUGAUUCUGAACAACAUCGGGAACAGUGUGGACUGUCAGGGGAGGCUUGACUCCAGUGUGAUGCCUCCUGUAGUGAGAUUCAGCCUCACCAUCAGAGAAGGCAACACCUGUGGAAGUAACUUCUUAACCACAAGCUCACAGGGAACAGAAGCAUUCUCUGACUUCUCCAACAUCCAGUCUGUGAACAUCAGUGGAGUGGUACGAUCCUUCGACCCCACCACCGGGACCAUCACUUACAAUGCAGAGCUAAAGUAUUUCUAUUCAUGUGCUUAUCCUCUGGAGUACCUAAUCAACAACACCCAGGUGGAUGUGUCAUCCUCCUCCAUUGCGUUGAAGGACAACAAUGGCAGCUUCAUCAGUACUCUCAGCAUGACCUUGUAUAAGGACAUAAAUUACACCACGCCCCUUAUGAUUCCACCUGUGGGUAUCGAACUGAGAACAAAUAUCUACGUGCAGGUUGUUGCAACCAACCUCACAUCGCAGUACUUUGUUCUACUGGACCGUUGCUACGCCUCAGUUUCUCCACAGCCUUCCAACUCCACCUUCUAUAAUCUGUUUGUCUCGUGCUCCAAAGAUCAGCUGACCACCAUGCUGGAGAAUGGGGACAGCCAGAGGGCUCGCUUCUACUUCCCAGCUUUCCGCUUCAUUGAGCAGAAGAAUGUGACCAUCUCCACCUACUAUCUUCACUGCAUCACCAGACUGUGUGAGCGCAGCACCUGCAGCACCUUCAAGCAAUGCAGCAGGAAGAAGAGAAGCAUGGAAACCUCUGUUGUCCAGGAGAGCAUCACUAAGCCAUCUGUACUUACAGUGUCUAUAAAGGCCAACACUGAGAGCACCACUGUUCCCAGUGAAGAAACUCCGUCUGGUGGUCAGUUGGAUGACGAGGGAGCAUCUGUUGGACUGGGAAUUACUGUGGCUGUCCUGGUUGUGACAGGUGUGGCAGCCAUCUUGAUGGCGGCAUAUUUUUAUAGAAAACUGAAGUGGAUGAGAUAA